AUGGAGGAUAUUCUGUACAAACACGCGUUGCCCGCGAGUGCAAAACUUCUGAUAAUCGUAGGGAUUUCGCAAACGCUGUGCUUCAUCAACGUUUCACCAGUGAAUUAUGAAAAUUCACCGAGGAUCUACAACGUCGGUGUUCUAAUGGCCUCGCACCUGAACAGUCCCUUCGAUCUCGAGAGAUGCGGCCCAGCAGUGGACUUGGCCUUGGCAGAAGUAAACGACUUUUUAAACGUCCACAACGUGCAGCUGCAAAAAGUACAGGGAAGCUAUCCGUCGUGCAGUGGCGCAACAGCGCCGGGUUUGGCGGCCGAUAUGCACUUCCGGGACAACGUGAUCGCGUUCAUCGGUCCAGCCUGCGCUUUCGCCCUCGAGCCUGUCGCGAGGCUCGCCGCCUAUUGGAACACCCCCAUCAUCACAGGAAUGGGAGACCAACCACCCUCGGAGGGCGAACUGUCCGUGACCUCGGGCAUCCUCGGUAGAAUCAAUAAAUGGAAAAACGAAAGUUCGGGUAUCUUCAAGGACAAGAGCAAGUACCCGACCCUAACGAGGAUGUCCUACUGCCAGUGCCGGCUACGGCUGGUGUUCUCCAGCGUUUUCAAAGAGUUCGGAUGGUCGCACGUGGCGCUGAUUCUGGACAGAUCGGACCUGUUCUCGUGGACCGUCGGCAAGAAUCUCGAAUACGGUCUACGAAAAGACGGUUUGUUGAAAUUCGUGAGGGAACUCGACGGCAAUUCGGCGGACGAGCCGUACCAUUUUUAUCUGCGCGAUGCCAGUAUGUACGCGAGAGUGUUGAUUCUCAGCGUUCGCGGGACGCUGGUCAGGAAGUUCAUGCUGGCGGCCCACGAUCUGGGAAUGACGAGGGGAGAUUGGGCCUUCCUCGACGUCGAGAUAUUCCAGGGAUCGUAUUGGGGUGACCACGAUUGGGAGGUGGGCGACGAGGACGAUGCUAUAGCCAGAAAGGCUUACGAGGCUCUGCUGAGGGUGUCGCUUCUGCAACCGACCAGCCCCAGGUUCCAAGAUUUCGCGGAGUCUGUUCGCCAGCGGGCGCAAACUGGUUACAAUUACUCGUUCUCGGACGGAGAAGAAGUGAACUUUUUCAUCGGAGCUUUCUACGACGGCGUUUACCUGCUCGGUAUAGCGUUGAACGAAACUCUGGCAGCAAAUGGCGACAUCAGGGACGGUAUGUCGAUAACGAGAAGGAUGUGGGACCGGGACUUCAUUGGUAUUACGGGACACGUCAGGAUAGACGACAAUGGCGACCGUGACGCCGACUACAGUAUUCUAGAUCUGGACCCUAUCACCGGAAGGUUCGAGGUGGUAGCGCACUAUUUGGGACUAAAUCGGGAGUACAGUCCUGUUCCUGGAAAGAAGAUCCACUGGCCAGGUGGGAGGGAGGGUCCGCCGGCGGAUGUUCCGGAAUGCGGGUUUUUGGGAAACGAUCCGGCUUGCACGUCAAGGACAGAGGCCUACACUUUCGUGGCUUACACGAGCCUAGCAUUGGCCGCGUUUCUGCUGGCUGCUGUUACAGCAACCUGCGUCCUAUACAGGCACCUAAGAUUGUCCGCUGAUCUGAACAACAUGUCCUGGAGGAUCAGGCACGAGGAGCUGCUCCUUGAGAUCGGGAAACCAUUCUCCUCGAAGAUUAACCUGCACCAAGCGAUAUCCGAGAACUUCGGAUUGGAGCAACGCAUACGGCGUGGAUCGCAGCUCAGCUGCGAGUCCCUGCCGCCCACCACGGUCUUCACCACGGUUGGGAUUUACAAGGGCGAGAGGGUGGCCAUUAAAAAGAUCACGAAGAAGAAGGUGGUCGACGUCACGAAGAAGCUGCUUUGGGAGAUCAAGCAAGUGCGAGACGUCACCUCCGAGAACACCGUUAGAUUCAUCGGGGCGUGCCUCUGCUCCCCCUCACCGACAGUUUUGAUCCUGACGGAGUAUUGUCCCCGAGGAUCCUUGAAGGACGUGCUCGAAAACGACGCCAUCAAGCUAGACUGGAAUUUUCGAAUGUCUCUGAUUCACGAUAUUGUCAAGGGGAUGUCCUAUCUUCACGCGAGCGAGGUAUCGGCGCACGGGAAGCUCCGAUCCUGCAACUGUUUGAUCGACGGCCGUUUCGUCUUGAAAAUUUCGGAUUUUGGUUUGAAAACCCUCACUACGCCUGCGGACUUGAUCAUGGACGACACUUACUAUAACAAGUUGCUUUGGAUCGCGCCGGAACUUCUACCUUUGACGGUGAUGCCAGGAAGCGCAGCGACCCAGAAAGGCGACGUUUACAGUUUCGCGAUCAUUUUAGAGGAAAUCGUUGUCCGUGGCGGGCCUUACGAAACCGUCAAAGCGUUCAUGACCUCUCAAGAGAUCGUCAGCCGUGUCACAGCAUCAGAGACGCCGCCAUUUAGACCGGAAGUGACGCCGAAGGACUGCCCGCCGGACAUCCUGUCACUGAUGGAAAAAUGCUGGAACGAAGUGCCGGAGGAACGACCAACCUUUCAUGCGAUUCGUGGAACGAUACGCAGCAUUAUGAAGGGUUACUGCGAAAACUUAAUGGACGACUUACUGAGACGCAUGGAGCAAUACGCGAAUAAUUUGGAGGCUCUUGUAGAAGAGAAAACGGAACAGCUGAGCCUGGAGAAACGACGAAGCGAGGAACUCCUCUAUCAAGUACUCCCAAGGCAAGUGGCGUGCCAACUAAUGGCGGGAGAAUUGGUGCAACCGGAGCAGUUCGAAUGUGUGACGAUAUACUUCAGCGACAUAGUGGGUUUCACGGCCCUCUGUGCGCAGAGCACGCCAAUGGAGGUGGUGGACUUCCUCAACGACCUCUACAGUACCUUCGAUCGUAUCAUUGAAUUUUACGACGUCUACAAAGUGGAGACAAUAGGGGACGCGUACAUGGUAGUAUCCGGCCUGCCAGAACGGAAUGGCGACGAGCACGCGAGGGAAAUAGCCCUGAUGGCGCUGGCGAUCCUGGAUUCCGUGAAAUCGUUCACCAUAAUGCACAAACAGAACGCUCAGUUGAGCGUCAGAAUUGGCGUGCACAGCGGACCGGUUUGCGCCGGUGUCGUGGGACAGAAGAUGCCGCACUAUUGCCUUUUCGGCGACACUGUAAAUACCGCGUCGAGGAUGGAGUCAUCGGGAUUGCCGCUCUGCAUACACGUGUCCAAGGCGACGAAGUGCAUAUUGGAGAAAUUUGGAACCUUCGAUCUCGAGCUUAGGGGCGAGGUGGAGUUAAAAGGGAAAGGAAGGGUGACUUCUUACUGGUUGAGAGGUUGCUCGGAACCAGAUCCCCGGCCGCCAACGCCGAGGUAUCGCAGGCACAGCGCCAGCUCCCCAGAAAAUAACCUGAAUCCCCUAAUCUUCCCGCCGAACAACACCAACGGGCCGAAAACCAACAACAACACUUUCAUCAACCUGUCCGAGCUCCAAUAGAACGAUUGUGCGGUUCUUUUGAUGAGAAACCAGUCGUAAUUAUAAUAAAUUUAUUUAAAUUUCGUCUAUUACAAUAUGUCGAU